AUGUCAGCCAAACCUAUUGUAAUCGAUCGUAAAGGUGAUACUUUGGUCAUUCUUACAACUAAAGAUUCGCACCCUGGUUGCUCAUAUUCUGCCCCGAAUAAUGACCCUGAUUGUCAGCCCGAAAUCCACUUCUUGUGUUCGAAGAAGCAUCUUGCACUAGCAUCGCAACGCGCUGACAGGAUGUUCGACAGUGGCUUUAAAGAAGCCACACCAGAAAGGGCCGAUGGCCUUUACCACUGGAAAUUCGAUGCAAUAUUCGAUCCAACAGCUUUCGAGAUUGUGUUGAAGAUCAUUCAUGGAAAGAACCGUGACAUCCCUCAAGCAGUUGACGUACAACUCUUGGCUGGUAUUUCUGCUGUCGUCGAUGACUUGGAAUGCCACGACGUUCUUUGGUUUUUUGCUAAAAGAUGGCUUGCAGUCCUAAGCCAAGUUAAUGUGUUAAAGACGCAAAAAGAUGUCGCUCAACGUAUUCUUAUUUCGUUUGUCUUCCAUGACCCAGUCAUGUUUGAAGCUUCCACAAAAACAGCCAUAACAGGGUACUGGGUUUUCACACAAACGCCCGGCCUUCCAAUACGUCCAAAAAUCCUUAAUGAGAUUCAGAAAAGGAGAGAGAAAGCUCUAGCCAAAUUAGUGGAUGGGUUGUACGAUAUAGAACGAAAGCUACUUAACCAAAAGCUUGGGUGUAACCCCGGGUGCAGAGCCAUGUUGCUUGGGACCUUGAUCCAAAUAAUGGAUGAGUAUGAUUUAUACUCGCCACGGCCAGCCAAACCGUUCUACUCCUUGGAUCUCAAGACAAUAACCAAGUCCAUGGGCAAAUUUCAAUUACCGGAGUACUACAGUCCACUAAAUGAAAGCCCUAUUGGGGACUAUUCAGGCGUCUGGAGCAUAUCUUCGUACCCUUCCAGGUUAAGCAGUCAGGGACGAAGUAGCCAAUCUGGCUGGGGGUUUUCUAAUAGCGAGACAGAGGCACCUCAAAGACUUGUGCAACAUCACUGCUCCUUACGAGGUUCCAUUGAUAGUCUGUUACAGACCGCGGAAACUGAGGUGAAAGGCUUGGGCCUGGCUGAGUAUUCUCCCUGCCAGUUUUCGAACCGCGAUAUACAUUAG